AUCGAUAAACAAGCGCUAAUUCCGCUGUCUUCUUUAGCAUUUCGCGGUGCUUGCUCCUAUAAUUUUCGCAAAUAAACGUAAUUAAAGUGUUUUCUGCGUGUGCAAACUCAACAAAAUUGUUUCAGAGCAAUACAGCAACACACAAUCAACUUUCACAAGCAACGCUGAAAUGUCUGCCGAAGCUGAAGCAAUUGUCACAACGGCUGCUGCCGAUGCAACAUCAGAGAAGACAGUCGUCGAGCCCGUCGCCGCGGAUACGACGCCGGACGAUGCGCCGUCGGAGCAAGGCGCAUCUGGCGGCAAGGCGGAACAGGAGCGUGCCGAGAAGAUACUCAAGGGCAAAGAGCUGUUCAGUUUGGGAUCGCGUAACUUUCUGGUCAAGAGCUAUGACGAGGCAGCCGAUGAGCUGAGUCAAGUGUGCCAGCUAUACGAGGAGGUCUACGGCGAGCUGGCCGAUGAACUGGGACAGCCACUGCUGCUGUAUGCCAAGUCUUUGAUUGCCAUGGCGCUAGAUGAGAACAAAGUGAUUGAUGUGCCCGAUGAGGCGGCCGACGAUGAUGAGGAUGUGGACGAUGAUGAGGACGACGAGGAUGAGAAGGGCGACGCAAAUGGAGAGAAACCAGCGUUGGCAAAGGCGGCCAACGGUGCCACAAAUGGCGAAAAGCUCCAUACCAUUAAAGAAGGUGUUGCCGAUGAGGCAGAUUCCACAGGCGAUGCUGGGCAGUCUAAGGACGAUGAGGCCGCAGGAAGCUCGAAGCCACCGACAGGCGUGGAUGAGGUGAGCAGCAGCAAUGGAAAUGCAACUGCCACAACUAGCAACGAUGAUGAACGUCCCAGCACCUCUAAUGGCGAGGUGACAGCCAGCACCAGCAACGGAGCAGCAGCAGCCAGCAUGGAUGUGGACCAGGCCGAGGAAGACACCGAGGAGGGCGAGGGUGUCGCCGGCAGCCUUCAGUUGGCCUGGGAGAUACUCGAAGCGGCGGCCAAGAUCUUCUCGCGCCAAGGUCUCAGCGGUCUGACCUACCUGGCCGAUGUGCAAACGGAACUGGCCAACAUUGAAUUCGAAAAUGGUAUUCUGGAUGCGGCACGCGAGGAUUAUGAGAAAGCGCUGAAGAUUCACGCGGAGCUGCCCAGCCAGAAUCGUCGUGCGCUCGCCGAGCUGCAUUACAAGAUCGGUCUUACCUAUCUGAUGCAGCAGCUGAAUAAGGAGGGCGCCGCAGCCCUGCGCAAUUCGAGCGUCCUCAUCGAGGAAGAAAUUGCCGAAAUCAAGAAUAAGGCGAAUCCCAGCGAGCGCGAGAAGAACAACAUGCUCGACUUGGAGGAGACCAAACAAGAGAUUCUCGUCAAGAUACAAGAGAUCGAGGACACCCAAGCGCAGACUAUAGCCGAGGUGCGCGCCGCUUUGGACAGCUACAUCAAACCCAUGGGCAGCAGCAGCAGCAAGAGUGUUGUAGAUGCUGCUGCCUCCUCUUCGACAGCAGCUGCUACCGCUGUCAAUGGUGCUGCAUCAAGUUCAUCAUCGUCCACGGCAUCGUCGGUGGCGGCGGCAUCCUCGUCAGCCAUCAGCAGCAGUUCGGCCAAGCCCACGGAUAUCACGCAUCUGAUCAAGCGCAAGAAGCCCGAAGAGCCCAGCUCGGAGGCUGAGGCUCUCUGCUCGCCGGCCAAGCGUGCUGCGGUUUAGAUACCUUUCCAAACUGCACAUUCCAGUUAAACACACGCACACACCAACACACACACCCAUAAACACAUCAGUUACUUUAAACUCACACACACACACACAUGCUUUUCUUUCCCCGUAUCCUAUUUAAGUUUAUAUGCUUAAUGUUUUUUCCUGUUUUACACCAAUCAUUUUCUAUAAGUCUGUGUAACAUUACAAUCACAAUUAGUGCUAAGUGCAUAAGUACAUAAAAUAAUGUUUUUAUACUAUUAAAAAGAAAGAAAACA